UCGGAUGCGAACUUGUUCUCUCCCUUAGGUUCUAAAGAAACCAAAACCCUCAUCUCUCAACCUUCCAUUGCAGUGGCGGCGCACCCAUUCUUAAUUAAUAAAAGAUGAAUGUGGAGAGGCUCACAAAGAUGGCUGGUGCGGUCCGCACUGGUGGAAAGGGUAGCAUGAGAAGAAAGAAGAAGGCCGUACACAAGACAACUUCCACUGAUGACAAACGGCUACAGAGCACCCUCAAGAGAAUAGGAGUGAAUGCUAUUCCCGCAAUUGAGGAAGUGAACAUAUUCAAGGAUGAUGUUGUUAUCCAGUUCAUUAAUCCAAAAGUCCAGGCUUCUAUUGCUGCCAACACUUGGGUUGUUAGUGGUUCCCCUCAGACAAAGAAAUUGCAGGAUAUUCUCCCUGGAAUCAUCAACCAAUUGGGGCCAGAUAACUUGGAGAACUUGAAGAAAUUGGCAGAACAAUUCCGGAAGCAGGCGCCUGCUGCUGACGGUGGUGCUCAGGAAGAGGAUGAUGAUGAGGUACCAGUACUUGUGCCGGGUGAGACCUUUGAAGCUGCAGCAGAAGAAGGAGAAGCUGCUAAAUAGUGAUAUUAGAGGGACUUUUGUUGUGCCAUUUUACAUGUUUUUCUUUCCUCUGUUGUUCUAGUUGGUGCACUCCCUUUGUAGUCUAAUGUUUUGGUUCAUGUUUCUAGAAUUCCUGCAAUUGCUGCAUAGACUGCAAUUGGUAGGGGUUCUUUAUUUUUUGUCCGUUGCUAUUUGCUAAUGAUUAUCCUCGAUGCUCAAAGGGCAGCCACACUGUACUGUCUUUGAUGCUUGGUUUGCUAACA